AUGCCACAGAGGAAACGACCCUACGUGCCAAAAAUAAAAGGCUGUUACGAGUGUUCUCAGCGCCGGAUUCAUUGCGAUCGCACACAUCCCAACUGCAAGAAAUGUGACGCAAAGGGCAUAUCUUGUAGUGGGUUCGGCGCGGCGUGGAAAUUUCGCAACAGUUUCUCACCAGGAACGAAGAGCUUGAAGAAAUCAAGUCGAUCUGGAAAAGGGAAAGGCCAGGCCUUUGUUCCAACGAUCUGCUCGACGGGGGCGAAGAUUCCAAUCAACAAUGAGAGAAAUCGGCGUGACUCCGAUCCCGAGUCAUCACUCAGGAAAUCGUCUAUAGUUUCUCCAAAUCUUGGCUCAGUGAGCCCUGGGAAGCUGUUUCUGCUGGACUAUUUUUCUAAAAACAUUGCGCCUGAAAUGGUGAUUGUUGAUGACCACAAUAAUGGGUGGCGACACAUGGUUCUUCCGAUAGCCCAUCGCGAUGAAUUGGUCAUGAAUGCGGUCCUUGCAGCAUCUGCAUUCCAUCUAUCCAGCAGAAAAGGUAGUGGAGUCCAGGAUGCUACGCAACUUUAUACACUAGCCAUCCAAGAGCUUCAAAGGAAGAGGUCUAUAGACAGAUACGAACUGGAAACACAGCACGUCAUCAUCCUAACAAUCCUUGUUCUCCUCGUGGCUUUGAUGGUUAACGGGUCUUCGGAUUUUCCCAUCGUUUUCCACGUAUUGCAAUCUGCUUUGCAAGCUAUCGGCGGCGACUCACAGCUUGCAGAGGGAGAUUUGGGCCAAUUUCUUCUACGACAGAUUUAUAAGAUAAGAGUUUAUGGAGCACCAUUCAUAAGCCAGGAUGCAGGCACAAGCACCCUUAUGAUUGAAGGCCAGCAAAGUUUCGAUUGCCUCGAGUAUUAUCGUCACCUCUACCCCGUAUAUUUCGAUUCAUUUGACCGAAUUGCUAGCCUGAGACAACAAGCAUAUGACAUUUAUCUUUAUCGGGCAUCCCUAGGAGAUGACGGAACACCAUCGACGCAUUUGGUGGAAGAUUUCAAAUCGACGCUUGAGCAGAUUCCCGAGGGGUCGCUAGGAGAACAUUCCCUUAUCUGGGCGUGUUUCAUUGCUGCCUCUGAGAGUCAUUCCCUUGAGCACCAGUUGUUCUUUGAUUCCUUUCUGAAGCGGCAAUUCAGUCGCAGUGGGUUUGUCAAUAUUCUGAGAGCUUUGGAUCUUCUUCAAGAAAUUCGUCAGAAGCGCAAGAGUGAGAACUGGACAAAAUUGUUGCCCGAGCCGCAGGUGUUUAUCAUGUGA